UGGAAAUGUAUAAAGAAUAGCAUUGGUAGUAAUUAUUUUAAAUUUAGUAUGUAUUUAUGAUUAAUAAUAUCAAUUUGCAAUAAAUUCGCUACUAGGCUCCUACAAGGCUCCAUCCAUCUUAUCCGUUGUCGGCACUCGGCAAAUAAUUUCUAAUAUCGCAAUAGUUAUUUUCCACAAGCAACAAUAAAUCUUCGAGUGAUUUCUUGGGUAAAAUUUCAAUCGACUAAACUCGCGAUCAAAACAGGAAAGAUUGCCUUACAAGAAUUAAAUUCAAGUUCAAUGUUCGAGCAUCGAAUUUGAUCCCAUAAAUCAUUCAAUUGACCUCUAAUAUUUGAGAAGAAAGCAGAUCAUUCGCUAGGUCUCUGACGUGUCUCUGAUAUUUGAGAAGAAAGCGGAUCAUUCACUUGGCCUCCGAUAUUUGAGAAGAAGCGGAUCCUAAUUGUAGUACUGACACUGACAGACAUAAAAAUUGCCAGAACUCAAGAGCAACAAAGAAAGACCGCAAGAUGAAUUACAUUGCUUUGAUUAUAUGGAGUGUGUUUGAAAGCGUUCUAGCGACGGCAAAUAUGUUUGGUUGGGCUCAAUUGCUAGUAAUUUUAGAAAGCGAAGAAUAUUUUUCUUCGUACUGUAAAAAUGGCGAGUUUCAUUCAAAUACGAGUGUGUUAAACAUCAAUACAAAUCGCAAUGACACUCAGCAGACAUGCACACAGCAAGAUAACCUGCUGAAUUUGGCCUUCACUAUUGCUUUGUUUUCUUCGUAUAUGUCUAUAUUUAUUGGUGGAAGAAUUGCGGAUUUGUACGGUUUCCGAUCGUCACGCUUGAUCGCUAGUGUCAUCUAUUUUGCUGGUGGUGUUUGUAUGUUUAUUUCGAGCAAUGGUAUGCAUGAAUUUUUGUUCCCUGGAGUGUUUUUAACUUCUUUUGGAGGUGGAAUGUUUAUGGCAGUUUUAAUGAAGGUUUGUAGUAUAAUUCCAAAACGACGAUACACUGCGAUGAGUUUUGUUAAUGGUGGUAUCGAUUCAUCUUCGGUGAUACUUCUUGUGUUUAUGUUAUGCUACAAUGCUGGAAUCUCGUUUCAAUAUAUCAUUGCUGUGUAUUAUUCUCUUGUGCUUUUCAAUGGAUUGGUGUUUACAUUCACUGUAUUUCCUAAAAACAUUCUUUGCGAGUCCACCGUCGAGAUCGUUAACGUUGGAAACAGUUCUAUUGAUACGAGAACAAAACGUUGCGACAAUUGUUGCUUAGAAAAUUCAAAGGAAGAAGAAAAGAAAAUGGAAAUUAAGAUAAAAUUCAAAAGAAAGCGAAAGAUCUAGACAUAUCUGGGAACAAAGAAGCUUGUUCUACCUCCUCACAUUACCAUCGGCGAGACUGAGCUGAAAAGCGUUCGCCAGUUCACCUACCUGGGGUGUGUUAUCACAUCAGAUGCGAAGAUCGACAGGGAGGUCGACAACAGACUGGCCAAGGCAAGCAGCGCUUUUGGCAGACUGUACAACAGAGUGUGGAAUAACAAUUCCUUGAAGAAGUGCACAAGAUCAGCGUGUACAGAGCCGUCGUACUCACCACCCUCUUGUACGGCUCCGAGUCGUGGGUAAUCUACCGUCACCACCUACGCCUCCUUGAGCGUUUCCAUCAGCGCUGUCUCCGCACCAUCCUCAACAUUCACUGGAGUGACUACGUCAACAAUGUUGAGGUCUUCACACAGGCGGAGAUCACCAGCAUCGAGGCCAUGCUACUGAAGUCGCAGCUACGUUGGGCAGGGCACGUUUCCAGAAUGGAUGAUCAGCGCCUGCCCAAAAUUGCCUUGUAUGGCGAACUUUCCACUGGCCACCGUGACAGAGGGGCACCGAAGAAACGCUACAAAGACUCUCUGAAGAAGUCCCUGGGAGCCUGCCAUAUCGACAACCGCCAGUGGUCUAUUCUUGCUGCUGACCGUGAUGCCUAGCGACGUACUGUCCACCAGGCUGUCUCCUCUUUUGAGGACUCUCGUACAGAGAACUUGAGGGAGAUACGCCGCAGGAGGAAGAACCGGGAAGCUUCAGCAGCCGUACCUGACGUGACCUUUGACUGUAGCCGCUGCGGCCGAACCUGUUUGUCUCGCAUCGGACUUGUCAGCCACGAGCGUGCCUGUAGUCGACGUGAACAGCCUGCCUGUAGUCGACGUGGACAGCCCCCUUCAUAAAAUCUUCGUUCGCGAAGCCAAGCCAAGAGAGAGACCUUAGAAGCUUCUAUUGAAAUCGAUUGUGGUUUUGGAUUAACAAAGAUUAAAAUACAAUCAUAUCGUAUUUGCAUCAUAUUUGUAAAGAUUCUUGCUGUGCUAAUUUUUGAAAAACUAGUCUGUUAACGAUCAUGAAAAGUUUUAACUUUAUUUCUUUGACGUCAUUUGUGGCCAUAACGUGCUUGAGAUCGUUUUCAUUCGUUGGUGUUAUUAAUAAACAACUUAAAAGACUUACAGACGAUGAAAAAGAGGUGGAGUUUUAUCUCACAAUACUGGGGAUAUCUCAAUUCUGUGGCCUGUUUUACGCGUUUCUCACAGCGUUUGUAUUGGAUUGGAAACCAUCAAACAAACAUCCGGAUUUUUCAUUGAAUCUUGCCUUUCUUUUGACCGGUGCUGUAUCCAUUCUCGUUACAUCUUUUCUUCUAAUCCCGGUUCUCCAACUACAGAUUUUAAGUUUUAUAUCUUAUGGCGUAAUGAGGUCAUUUCUAUAUUCUACUCAUGGAUCUUUUGUCAUCAAAGAAUUUCCAUUAUACCACACUGGCUCUUUGAUUGGUGCAACUCUGGUGUUCACUUCUCUUCUUGCUCUUGUACAAUUUUUGAUGUUUGCUUUAAUGGAGGGACCUUAUAACGGGGAUCCUACUAUGGUCAAUGUUGGCCUCUUGGUAUUUCAAGUAAUGGUUAUGUUUUACCCAUUGUACCUAUGGAGACGGAGUAAAGAGAAGCAAAGCUUCGAUGCCGUUAACUUUGAAAAAAUACAAAAUCAGAAAGAUUUAAGCGUUGGUAGUUGAUAUUCGUACAGAUAUAUUUGUAUUGGUUGGCAAGAUCAUGACAGAAUGUCAUGAUCAAAACAUUCAUCGGGAUCUUAAAUUGAAUUUAAAUUAUAAAACUGCUUACAAAUUAUUAUAAAACUGCUAAAAAUGAUUAUAAAACUGCUUACAAAUGAUGUACAAGUUCUAUAAUAUCACAAGCUCAACAACAACAACAAUGGGAUAAGUUCUAUGAAAUUAGUCCAAUAAAAUGGAGACUUAAAAAUA